CUGCGCAAGGCAUUGGCGCCAAGAUGGCGAUGGAGAUGAGGCUGCCCGUCGCUCGAAAGCCGCUUAGCGAAAGCCUGGGCGCCGACACUAAGAAACAUCUGGUUGUCCCGGGGGACACCAUCACCACGGACACAGGCUUCAUGCGGGGCCAUGGGACUUACAUGGGGGAGGAGAAGCUCAUCGCAUCUGUGGCAGGUUCUGUGGAGAGAGUAAACAAGUUGAUCUGUGUGAAAGCUUUGAAAACCAGAUACAACGGUGAAGUAGGAGACAUUGUGGUGGGAAGGAUCACAGAGGUUCAGCAGAAGAGGUGGAAAGUGGAGACCAACUCCAGGCUGGAUUCAGUGUUGCUCCUCUCAUCCAUGAACCUUCCCGGAGGAGAGCUGAGGAGAAGAUCCGCGGAGGACGAGCUGGCCAUGAGGGGCUUCUUGCAGGAAGGGGACCUCAUCAGUGCCGAGGUCCAGGCCGUGUUCUCGGAUGGGGCGGUCUCCCUGCACACGAGGAGUCUCAAGUAUGGAAAACUCGGCCAGGGUGUUCUGGUCCAGGUUUCUCCCUCCCUGGUGAAACGGCAGAAGACUCACUUCCACGACUUGCCUUGUGGUGCCUCAGUGAUCCUGGGUAACAACGGCUUCAUCUGGAUCUACCCUACACCUGAGCACAAAGAAGAGGAUGCGGGGGGCUUUGUCGCCAACCUGGAGCCUGUCUCCUUGGCCGACCGAGAGGUGAUCUCGCGGCUCCGGAACUGCAUCGUCUCGCUGGUUGCACAGAGGAUGAUGCUGUAUGACACCAGUAUCCUGUAUUGCUACGAAGCCUCCCUUCCUCACCAGAUCAAAGACAUCACAAAGCCAGAAAUAAUGGAGGAAAUUGUAAUGGAAACACGCCAGAGGCUUUUAGAACAGGAGGGGUGAGGGCAGUGUCUGAAGGACUGGACUGGGUACUGGCUGGGGCCUCGUUGAAGAGUGUGGUCUCUGGUCCCACGGGCACCUCUUCAAGACCUGCGACACCCCUCGCUGGCCCCCAGCUGCUGCCUCGGCUGCAGCCCCGCUUUUUCCCCACUUUCAGGCAAAGCCUCAGGGACACGGCAGCGCCGCCAGCCUCUGGGGCUGUCUGCAGAAUUCCCUGCAUUCAGUUGGUGUGGGGCUUACACGAAGCGUUCCUGAGUGGAUUCCCAUCCUGGAAUCACGGAGGGUCUUUUGUUUUCUACUUACCAAUUCACAACACAUGCCCGUGAAAUUGCCCCUAUAAAAUCCAUGGCCUCCCAGACCCCCAGUCGUCUGCUUCGGCCUCCAUUUCCACCUCUCCAGCGCAAGUCUGACCUUGAAGAAAAUGAUGGGUAAAGGAGCUCCAGCAGCCAAAUGGAAGAGUGAAGUUGCUCAGGCAGCCUUUCUUGGGUGGGCACUUACUUCAAGGCUCCUUGCAGCCAGGCGUGUGCGUGUCCACACCAGGUGCCGUAGCCGGACUUGCUUUUCAGGGUGAUUUGUAAGAAGUUGAAUCACCCACUGGGGGAUGGUUUGUGGUGCUGUGAUUAACAUGAGAAAGAAAAAAUGAAAAGCUAUUUUCCACCUGUACUUAAAGUAGCAACACAUUAAUUAACUUUUGAACAAUCCAGGGUUAAAUAAUAAAAAGAAGAUAUUGAAGUUCUCACUGAGGAAUGCUAGCUUUCCAUGCACUGUCUUCAGGCAGGUAUCUGAAAACGGCUCUGAUUUAGUUUUGGGAAACGGUUUUUAGAGGCACUUUUAUUUCACAUGUGGUGCUCUUUUCUGCCUGUAAGUGUGCCACUGAUGCCACUUCCUAUUACGUCCUGUGGCACACUUGUGCCCUGAGUCCCCCAGCAGAAUGUAAAUGUAGGCUUAAGGCAGCGAGAUGGAACUGCAUCUGUGGUUCUGAAAUACAGCUCAGUGUGUUUCUUUAUAACAUCUCUCA